UGUCCGCCUCUUCCCUCGGUACGUCCGUCGUGUUUUCUGUCCUCCCCUCCACUGGCUGCCGGAGCUCACCGAGGACAAACAAGCGCAGCACAGCCGAGUGGAGAGGACAGGGGCUGGGGGGGGCUGCAUUGUAGGGACCGGUCCGGUGUCACGGUUCGAACCCGCCGAUGGACGGAGGGGUCUUCCACCUUCUAAGUUGCCAUCAGUGAAGCCCUAACCUCCCGUCAGCCACACUCCUCUGGCUCCUGCCAUUGUAAACUUCAGAUGUAAAGCCCCUUUCUGCUGCGGACUCCGAGCUGCGACCAGGCGAGUGAAUACAGGAGCCCUGCCUCAGGCCUCUACAGGCCAAGCACAGGAGCCACGGAGAGCAGGGGACAAUGGCCCAAGCAGAUGUCUGGACAGGGACUGGGGCACCGAGUUAACAGGAAGGGACUGCAUCAGCUCCGGCCAAUAGCGCGCCUUGACGACGGCUACCACACCUAGCAGGGAGACAUCAACACUGCGUGAGGGAGGCACUGAAAUAGGAGCAGGGUUUUUACUCAAAACUGCGGUGAGAGCUGCGAGUGGAUCUAUGGACGAGUCCCGCCGUCCUCCCUCCCCCGCGCCUGGUCUAUAGUCAACCGGAAACGACUCACAUUCUCACUCACACCCUGCUCACUGUUGUUUGAACAACCCUUUUCACCCCUGCGGUCACACCAUGGCCAGCAAAAGGAAGUCAACUACUCCUUGUAUGAUACCCAGCAAGAUAAUACGUCCUUUGGAGGAGGCUGAACAGGACUUCCCUGCUCUUCUCUGUCAGUCCAGGAUUUUUGGAGGGGGCAGACAAAGCCCCCUAGACCCUUCAGAGUCUUCCAAACCAGAGGCAGGGGACACUGUCAAAGACUGUGCUGGCACUUACACCUGUAAGCCUUGUAACUUUGAAACCCAGGACCUUAAUUUGUUCUUGGAUCAUGUGUACACCGGGCACCCAGACUUUCGCGCAGACCCCAGCUUCUGUUGCCUGAGCUGUGGGGUUUCGGCGCCCAAGUUUGAGGGUCUGGCUCUGCACAAUGCCAGGGUUCACCCCAGCACUUGGAACACUACUUUACAGCUGAGGAAGAAGGACAGGAGGGUUGUGGUGGAGCAGAAUCUGAUAAGUGGGACAGAGUCUGGGAAGGACAGUGAAAUUUCCAUAAGCAAGACUCCAAUAAUGAGGAUGCUGAAGGGCAAGUCGGAGCCCAAACGGAUAGUGGUGCCUCAUCCAGUCUCCAACGAUUCUUCAUCGGAUCCUCUCUCAGUCUCCUCCUCCAAAGAGGCCAAGAGAAAAGAGACCACUGCAGUGACGGUCACACAUGUUCCUACAAUAGUCCACAAUGGAACCACCAAGGUCACGCUGCCCUCAGCAAUUCAGAUCGUCAAUGGCUCUGGAGCGUUACCGAUGCUCAAGACCCCCAUCACACAGGUGGUUUCAGUGGUUCAGACCAGAAACUUUCAUCAAUCUGCACCGAUCACAGUCUCCUCAAAUAUGUCCUCUUCCUCAAAAAACCUCCCCAAGGUGAUGAUUCCCCUGAGCAGCAUCCCUACGUACAGUGCCUCCAUGGACUCCUCUUCCUUCUUGAAGACCUCCUUCAGUAAGUUCCCGUACCCCACGAAGGCUGAGCUCUGCUACCUGACUGUGGUCACAAAGUUUCCAGAAGAGCAGAUUAAGAUCUGGUUCACGGCCCAGAGACUUAAACAAGGCAUCAGCUGGUCUCCCGAGGAGAUCGAGGAGGCCAGGAGGAAGAUGUUUAACACCAUCAUCCAGACAGCACCUUCCAGUGCACAUAACCAAAUCCACAGCCACUACAGCCCAGCCCAUCACACAUUCACAGUCCUGCCUGCGUCACUGGGAGCCACUGGGAUCCCUCAUAUCCUGCAGGGAUCUCUUGUUAGCCAGGCCGGGGUAAUCGUCACACAGCCUAUGAUGGCCAAUGGUAUCCAGCUUAGCAGCACCCCUUUGGCCCUGGCCGUCACGCCUAAGCCCCAGGCAGCAGCCCGCCCCAUGAUGCAGGCCCGACCUGCUGCAGCCCUGGUGGCAGACAAAGGCAUCAGCAUGGUGGUGGGGACAGUGGGCAGCAGCAGCACUGUGAGCAACAUCAUUAGCAGCAGUAAUAGUAGUAGGAGUGGGGGAGGGGGUACGAAAAACAGCAUUGUCGGUAGCAGUCAAGCUAGUGUCAUCAACCUUAGUCUGGGAAGCAGUAAUCAUAGUAAUGGCAGGGUGAGCAGUGUCAAUGGUAAACACAGCAAUGCUAAUGCAGUCUGCAGUGACAAGAGCAAAAGUAAUGUUACCAGCCGUGUAACUGAUAAGAAAACUGAUAUCAGCAAAGCUAAUAACACCAGCAUUGUGCACAGUGACAGCAAAGUAACCACAGACAGUAAACCUAAACACAGUAACGGCAGAACGGGCAGUGAUGGACAGAGGAGUAAAGAUGCUAACGUUACCAGCAACAAAAAUAAAACAAGGAACACAAGUACAGAUGACGUUGACCCCAUUGACCCUCUAAAUAUGAAAAUGGAGGACGCUUCUUCCCCUGCCUCCAAAUCUUCUUCCCCCUCGCCUUCAGCUCCUCCAGGCAGCACGUCUGGCUCCGGGACGCCAGUCAACGCGUUCCUCGACCCCAGCUUUUACAAGAGCAAGAAGUCUCAAGUGCAGCUCAGCGCACUGAAGGACAGCUUUCAGGGCAGCCAGUUUCCCGACCAGGAGGAGGUCGACCGCCUCAUUGCUCGGACUGGGCUCACAGUGCGAGAAGUUCGCAAGUGGUUCAGUGACCGGCGCUACCAUUUUCGGAAUCUCAAAGGGGUGCGCACGAGCACAGGUGCACAGAACAACAAGUCUGGCACUGCAGCUGUAACAGGGAGUGGUUCAGGUUUACCAGGGAGUGGCGCCGCUGGCAGUGCCAACCCUGUUGACUUGUCAGAAAGUAGCAGCAGCUCUGGUGCCAAAACGCCCCAGCACAGCUCUGCACCCCUGAGUCCAACGACACCUCAGACUCCCACCUCACCCAGCACGCCCUCCCGCCGACUCCCCAGACAACCAUCUGAAGAUUUCACAGCUAUCCGCUACAAGGAGAGAGAACCCCAUCAGUUGAAGGCACUCGAGGCCAGUUUUGCAGAGGACCCCGACCCAUCUGGAGAAGAGGUGGACAGGCUGCGAACUGAGACCAAGAUGACCAGGAGGGAGAUCCAUGGCUGGUUUGCUGAGAGGAGGAAGAAAGCCGCAGCUGAGAAGAAGAAGGAGGAGGCAGAUCGGGCACUGAGAGAGGAGGAGGUGGGGGUUGAUGGGGAGGAACGACAGAGAGAGGACGGCUCAGGAGAACUGAAAGUCAACCCCAUUAAGAUUAAUCUGAAGAUGCUGAAGGUGACAGAGGCCAGCGGCAAAGCAGAGGGCGAAGGGUUGGAGAGCUCUGCUUUACCGCUUCUGUCCAGCAGCACACCUGCAUCCUCCCCAGGCUCUGCCCCAUCCUCCACCCCUAAACCCUCCCAGUCCUUCACCCUGACACCCAAACCAUCCAACUCUCCCAAACCCACAGCCAUCCGAGGCAAGAAGACAGCAGAGCAGCUUCACCUGCUCAAACAAGUCUACGCCCGCACCCAGUGGCCCAGUGCUGCUCAGUACGAUGAGCUCAUCUCAGCUUCUGGACUGCCCAGACCUGAGGUGGUGCGGUGGUUUGGGGACUCCCGGUAUGUGCAGAAGAACGGCCAGCUGAAGUGGCUGGAGUCGUACCAGACCAUGGCUCUGGAAGAGGAACUCCAGACGGAGAACACGCAGAUCCUCCAGGCACAUCUGGACGUACACGGCAGAGCGGAGGAGACGCAGCUGCAGGGACUGGCUGACGAGAGCGGUUUAACAACGGACCUGGUGCGACACUGGUUCGCUACCAAGGCGUCUUUGCCACAGACGGAACAAACUGUUGCUGUGACGGGACCAGGACCAGUUGCCCCGGGCGUGGCCGCCGAGCCACCGACGACAGGCUCCUCCCCUCUGGAGUCGGAGCCAGGAGGAGGAACCGAGGAGAAAAUGGAGCAGUCGGUGUGUGGUGUCGCAACAGACCCAGAGGAGGCCAACACUGACGAGACUGUGAAUCCUACUAAAGGAACCGACUGAAGAGGCUGUUUGUCGGAGGACGGAGUUCACGACGCAGGUGGUGUUUGUGUCGGGAGUCUGAGUAAAAGAUGGCAGAUGUGGUUGUAACAGGAUCACUGGAUGGAAAUGGACCUUGAAACCAUCCCCACACACCCAUCCCUCUCUCUCUCUCUCUCUCUCUCUCUCUCUCUCUCUCUCUCUCUCUCUCUCUC